UCUCCGAUUCCGCUCUGAUAGAUUCUGGAGCAUUUUUCCCUCCCACUUCGCCUCGAAGAAUCUGUUCAAAGUUUGGAACUUUGGUGGAUGGAAUCCAAAUGGGUGAUUCAGAAGCUGACCUCUCGCCUUCCUUCCUGCUUCUCAACUGUGUUUUCCCCUUCGAAACCCUUAACCGGGCAAAGCCCAUGUGACCAAAUCUCGACUUUUGUCUUCAACCAUGUCGAUGUGAGCCUUCUGUUGUCAAUCUGUGGGAGAGAAGGCUGGUUUCCUCACCUGGGUCCUAGUUUCCAUGCCUCCAUCGUAAAAAACUCGAAAUUUUUCGAGCCUGGAGAUGCCGAUUGCGGUCGAAACGCCCUCGUCGUUUGGAACUCUUUGCUUUCGCUCUAUGCAAAACGUGGGAAGUCAGAUGAUGCGGUCAAGUUGUUUGAUGAAAUGCCCAUGAGAGAUACUGUCUCAUGGAAUACGAUGCUUCAUGGGUUUCUUAGGAAUGGAGGGAUUGAUUCUGGUGUUGGAUUGUUCAAAAGAAUGCUCGAUUCGGGGUUCAAUGGUUUUGAUCAAGCAACCUUGACAACGGUUCUAUCGGUUUGUGAUAGACAGGAACUCUGUUCGGUGACCAAGAUAUUUCAUGCUUUGGCAAUUUUGAGUGGAUACGAGACGGAAACUACAGUAGGCAAUGCAUUGAUCACGUCGUAUUUCAAAUGCAGAUGUCCCGAUUCAGGGACUCGGGUAUUUGAUGAGAUGGUAGGAAGAAAUGUAGUCACUUGGACAGCCGUGAUUUCGGGUCUGGCACAAACAGAGAUGCAUGAGGAAAGUCUAAGAUUGUUUAACUUGAUGCGCAGCGGAAUAGUUGAUCCAAAUUCUGUUACGUAUUUGAGUUCACUAGUGGCUUGUUCAGGUUUGCAAGGGAAGAAGGAAGGGCGACAAAUUCAUGCCCUUUUGUCGAAACUUGGUAUUGAAUCAGAUUUGUCUAUCGAGAGUGCGUUAAUGGAUAUGUACUCCAAAUGCGGAAGUAUCGAAGAUGCUUGGAAGAUUUUUGAGUCUGGAGAAGAACACGAUGAGGUUUCCAUGACUGUGAUAUUAGUCGGGUUAGCACAAAAUGGGUUUGGGGAGGAAGCUAUACAGUUCUUCAUGAGAAUGUUACAAGCGGAUAUAGACAUUGAUGCGAAUGUAGUUUCAGCUGUCCUUGGAGUUUCAUUUGUAGAUACUUCUCUGGCCUUAGGCAAACAGCUGCAUGCCCUAGUUAUAAAACGAAGCUUCUCUAAUAACCCAUUUGUGAACAAUGGACUUAUUAACUUAUACUCAAAGUGUGGAGAACUGAACGAUUCAAUCCAUGUCUUCAAUAGAAUGCCAGAAAGAAAUUCUGUUUCUUGGAACUCCAUGAUCGCAGCAUUUGCCCGCCAUGGACAAGGGAUACCUGCCUUGAAAUUGUACGAAGAAAUGACAUUGCAGCGUGUGAAGCCUACUGAUGUCACCUUUCUGUCACUGCUUCAUGCCUGUAGCCAUGUCGGGUUGGUUGAAAGAGGCAUGGAACUCUUGAACACGAUGAAAGAUAUUCAUGGAAUCAACCCUAGGACAGAACAUUACGCUUGUGUUGUUGAUAUGUUGGGAAGAGCCGGUUUUCUACGAGAAGCAAAGGGCUUUAUAGAGGCAAUGAACACAAAAUCUGACUCUCUUGUUUGGCAGGCACUCCUCGGAGCUUGUAGCUUCCAUGGUGAGACAGAAAUAGGGAAAUACGCAGCUGAACAGUUGAUUCUCACAGCACCUGAUAAUAGCUCAGCUGCUUAUAUUCUGAUGGCAAACAUUUACUCAUCGAGAGGAAAAUGGAGAGAGAGGGCAAGGAUGAUUAAGAGAAUGAAACAAGUGGGAGUGGCUAAAGAAACAGGCAUCAGUUGGAUUGAGAUCGACAAGAAAGUACACAGCUUUGUUGUCGUUGACAAAUUGCAUCCACAAGUGCUGGAUAUAUAUCAAGUUCUGUCUGAAUUGUUUCCUGCCAUGGUAGAUGAAGGCUAUAGACCUGAUAACAGGUUCCUUCUGUAUUACUCGGAGGAAGGCUAAAACUGCAUAGCCGUUCGGUUCCUUGAUGCCUUCUCUCAACAUGUUCACAUCAAUGGAAAUCCAUAGAAUCCAGAAGGGGUGUGACAUCUG